UGCCAAACGGCGCUGGUGUCUUGCCUAGUGUAUUUUUAUAUCCAGCUGCAUUAGCAACCACAGCAAAACACAAGAAGCAAAAAAGAAAACCAAUAUUUUUAACAAUAAAUUCUGUUAAAAGAAACUAAUAAAAUAUUUAUUCAAAAUUACGGAGAAACUGGAAAAAAUGGGCUCUGAUGAUGCUAGCACAGUUUCUAGCGAUAGUGGCGAACGGGGUGAACGCAUACAGAGAGGUUUCCAGAUAAACUACAUGAUUUUACGAGAUGCUGAUACAGGUAAGGUCAUCUGGCAAGAAAAUAAAGAUUUUUCCUCACCCGAUGCCGAACAUGAGGCCCGUGUACCCGUCAAAAUAUUGGAUUUAAGAGCCGUUUCGCGAGAAAUCAAUUUCAGCACCAUAGAGGCCAUGGAAAACUUUCGUCUCGAUCAGAAGGUUUUAUUUAAGGGUCGCAUAAUGGAGGAAUGGUUCUUUGAAAUGGGCUGGGUAGGAGCGAAUACCACCAACACCUGGCAGUCGACCAUUGAGGCAGCACCUGAAUCACAAAUGAUGCCUGCUAAAGUCUUAAAUGGUAAUGUUACCAUUCAAACCAGUUUCUAUGACAACGAUACACUCAUCACUAAAUCCGUGGUACGACUUUAUUAUAUUUAAGUUAUAAUUACAAAAUUAUAGAGAUACACGGAGGAGAGAAAUGCAGGCAUUAGGUUAAGAAGCUGAAACAUAUUCGUUUAACUACAGUAAUAAGACAAAAUCAAAAAAAAUUAUAAAAAACGACCUCAAAAAUUGAACGCCCACACAUUUUACACACAACACCAAAUUCCAAAAACAACGAAUUUUGUGUUGCUGUUGUCAUCAUAAAUAAAUCAUCAAUGUAGACAGAGCUUUUAAGGUAUUAAAUCAAUUGUGAAGUAAGGAAUAGAAAGUAUAUUUUAAGCUGAGUUUAAGUUAGUUUAUAGUAACGACAAACUAUAAAGAGUUCUCCAACUAGUUCUAGAACUAUUCUAGUUUGAGAACAAGAAUUCAAAAUUAUCGUCUUGUGUAAAAUUUUCCAGAAUCGUGGCUGUUAUAAAAAACAGUUUCAAACUGACUAUUUAAGAUAUUAAAUGUGAUAGCCACUUUGGCACUUCAUUCUUUAUGUUCUGUCUGAAUUAAUACUUUUAAAGCUCUGCUUUUAACCAAACUAUAAACAUUUGAUCUCGUACAAAAUCAUAAACACAGAUAUGUUUUCAAUAUCAAACAAUUUAUACUGUUUUAGUAGAGUCGUUAAAGCUUUUAUAUAUGUACUGAGUUUUGUUAAUAAAUUUGUUUAUAUUUCUUAAAA